AUGUUGUUGGAGUAGGGGGUAAAUUAAAUCCUCAAGGUCAACCAGAUUUAUUGUUGGAAGAAAGAGGCUACAGUCAGUUUCUAGGUCACGAUGAGUUCCUGCGUUGGCUGGUUAUAUGUUUUCGCGAAUUCGUUUUCCAUUGAAUGUUAAAGGUUUUUCUAGAUAUUUUUCUCAUUUGCAGCGUAUAAGCUAGUUUUGGUCACUGCAUGCUACUAUUUAGCUUAUUUUUAGCCUGAAGUUCUCAGUUAUUACGUUAGUAGUCAAGGAUUAUGGUAAACCUGCAAUCAUUGAGCUAAUUAGCGUUUACUACGCUAAUAUAGUAACAUAGACUAUGCUAAUAAUAGUAUCAGUAAACUCGAGUAAGGAUCCCUUACUGUUUUGCCAUAAUGUGACAGUGAAACUGUGCGCUGGUUUUUCAGCAUGAGCGGCACUAAAUCGAACCUACUGGGUUUGCUUAUCAACGUUGUUCCAGCCCUCACAGGACAUAUUAAGCAUGGACUAGCGUUACUCCACUGCGGGAAGUUUUGAUUCAGCACGCAGCUUUCUUUUUAAGCACGACCUGUGUCAUUUCAGAACAUAGUGGGUAAAUAUGAUCUUCGGUUACCAUACAAAGGCAUUAUCGAGGAAUAGGUUAGAAUAAGCUUAGAAUUGUUGUAAGCUUGGUGGUGCUGCGUCUAAGUGAUAAAUCGUAUUAAUCACCGUUAUUCAGGAUAUGCUAUGAACCGGAAAUGCUCAGCUGAAAAACGUAGUAAAUAAGACACAGAUCGGUGUAAUUUAUAACGGACUCCAAAUCGCUCUCAUCACGAAGCAUUCAACCAAGGUAUGCAUUAAACUGUCGCUCUCAGCCGUUUGAAGGGAAAUUUACGUGAUUUAUUCUGACGUAGUAUGUAGAAAUCCCACAGGUCAUUGGAUUGACAACUUAAAAAAGUAGAUUAUUUAACACAUACAUUUAUCUAUAUGUACUAAUUAAGGACAUUAAGUUUUUAGAAAUUGUAGUUAAAUUAUAUUCUCCUGGUAAUCAAAAAUGCAUACAUCCUAUUUUGGACUUAAAAUAAAUGCAUCAAAAUUAUUGUUGAUUUAUAUUCACUUACUAGGGAUUCUCAUACAUCUCAAUAUACUUUAAACGUCAACAAUGCAUCUAAAUAGCGUGUGGCUGUCACACUACACUCACCAAAAAAAUUAACACGCCAUUAUAUUAUAGUAAGACAUCAUUAAACUAUAAAACCAGAGCAGAAUGUAUUCACCUUGCGCAUUUCGAGUUAAACUAGCAAAGGUGUAUUCAUCCUACCUUCCCUUCUCAUCAGUGAGAUAUUCGUCUUCACAUGUUAAAUCAGAGGUAAUCGAUAAUGAAGUACAAAUUUUAACGCUAAAUCAUCCUAAAAGCGCUAAUUCCCUUUCAUUAACUCUAAUGAAAGAGUUUCUCUCUGUCUUGGAGUCAGUUAAAUCAUCUAAAAGUAUUCGAGCUUUAAUGAUUACUGGUGAGGGAAGAUUUUUUUCCGCUGGACAUAAUCUUCAUGAGAUUGUUCAAUCACCGGAUGUUAAUCCUAAAGAAGUUUUUUCAAUGGCAGUAAAAGUAAUGAAAGAAUUAGCUGAAUUGCCUGUCCCAUCGAUAGCAGCUGUAAAUGGUCCAGCUGUUGCCGCCGGUUGUCAGUUAGUUGCUGCUUGUGAUCUGGCCAUUUCAGCUAAAUCGGCCAUAUUUGCAGCUAGUGGUAUUAAAUUGGGAUUAUUCUGUAAUACACCUGGUGUCCCGUUGGUUCGAGCGAUUGGUUUAAGAGCUGCUAAUGAAUUAUUAUUAACUGGUAAAAAUAUCAGUGCUGAUAGAGCCUAUGAAUUGGGUCUUGUUCAUCGUGUAGUUGACGACGAUAAACUGUAUGCAGCUGGUAUUGACUUUGCUAAAGAAAUUACACAGCAUAGUAAAGAUGCUAUGCGAUUAGGUCGUGAGACACUACACAAACAAGCUUCGAUGCCAUUGAUGGAGGCUUACACACUAGCUGCUGAAGCGAUGGUACAAAAUUUACAAUUCGAUGAUACAAAACAAGGCAUUCAAUCAUUUUUAAAUCGAAAAAAAUAAAAUGAACACUAAUUUUAAUUCGCUGGAGUAUUAUUGACUUUUAGAGAGCAGAUUUUCUAUUUGAUGAUACAUCCUAUGGUUUCUUUUAUUUUUAUCUUCGUUGUCGUCUUUCUUUCCUAUGUGGAAAUUUCGAACACUUCAGUUAUUAUAGAAGAUAUAUAGAAAUAUAAAGUGAUCCAGCUUGGA